ACUGAUUACAUUGAUAUUUGAUAAGCCUGAUAAUUGAGGUUCUUUUUUUUAAAUUCAUUAAUCAUUUGUGCUUAGUAAUUUGUUCACGGAUAAUUUUAUUUUUUUAAACAUAUAAUACAUAAUACAAAUGAUGAAGAGGUCGAGGAACAUCAACUUUAGUAGACAGGAAGAAGAAUUGCUUGUGGAGUUAGUAACCACCCACAAAAAUAUAAUUGAAAAUAAAAAAACUGGCUCUCUGAUGUGGAAGGAAAAAGAAGCUUGUUGGGCAAAACUAUCUUCGGAAUUUAAUAGCCGAUCGUUAUUAGUUCCACGCACUGUAGGACAACUUCAGUGGAAGUACAAAAAUAUUAAAAAAGUUGUGCAGCAAAAAAGUGUUUUGAUUAAACUAGAACAUUUGAAGACAGACGGUGGAAAAAAUGAUUCUCUGGCUCUUAAUGAAGUCGAAGAAAAGGUGAAGGACAUAAUGCAACUCUCUGUUGAAGGCAUGUCUUCACAUUUUGACUGUGACAUUGAAGCUGAUGACAUGCCUUCAGUUUGUGAUGUUACCAAUGAAGUAUAUGACAAUUUUGCAAUGAUUGAAGAUGAUGAUGAUUCAUAUUUUGUAACUGGAAGAAAAACAACAAAUUUAUUGCAGCACAAAGACAAGCUUAUGGCAAUGCAGAUAAAAUGCUUAGAGCAGGAGGUUGAAAUUAACGAAAUAAAGAAAAGGAACGUUAUUUUGGAAGAGGAAAAAUUAAAAUUGGAGAUAGAACUUCUCAAAAAAAAAGUGCAAAUGUAAAUAUUUUUAUUUUUAUUUUUGCUAUUCAUAAUUUGUUUUAUUAUAUAAAAUUAAAUUUAAAUAAAGUACGAUUAUUAUUAUAUUUUA